AUGUUUAUAUCUCAGUACAUUUGCAAUCAAAAGAGGAGAAAGGAUGUCACGAUCUUGUUCAGCACGAAACAAAGUACCAGAGAAAGCCUUAAAGACUACUUGAGGUGUUUUACGGAGGAAAUAUCUACUCUUGAGGAAUGUGAUUCUCAUACUGCUUCGUUGGCCUUUUGUGAGGGGGUCAUACCUGGAACAAAAAUGCACAAGUUUUUAGUGAAGACCCCACUAGUGGAUAUGAGGGAAAUGAUGGCUCGAGCGGAUGGAAUCAUCAGACUAGAAGAAGAAGAGCUCACCCAGUCAAAACGCGCCACUUCCACCAUUGCGAUCCCAAAGCCUUCAUCGAAGCAAAAGGUGGAGACGAAGCGAUAUUCCUCGAGACAAGAACCCAGCAACGGAACUAAGCAAAGCGAACCUUUCACUAGGCUCACGGUGAAUUUAGCUAUAUUUCGAACACCACCUACGAUCAGCAAAUCAAUAGAAAAGCGAGACAUGAACAAGAUGUGUGCCCAUCAUAACGACUUUGGACACACUACUGAUGAGUGCCGAAGUCUCAGGUAUCAAGUGGAGGCAAUGCUGAGAAAGGGAAUGUUAUCCCAGUACCGUGUUGAAUCUGAGAAUAGGACAAGUGAAUAG